ACCGUCGUACGCAUGCGACAGUGAAUCUCAGGUAAACAACAUGGCGGGCAUAAAUUACAGUUAGGAUGAUCUAUCCGAUUAAGUAAUAUUACAGGUAUCGUAUCGUGAAAGAUGGGAAACAAGGUUAGUACCGUAGGGGAUGAUGUGAAGCGUCAAGGUGAGGGAUCGGGGGUUGACAGCCGCGCCGCUGAUGUUUACAAAAUGGUGGACUUGAAAGGAGGCGGCGAAUUGGUUGAAAUGAUGAAAAGAGCACGCUGGACCAAAAAUUUUAAGGAGAUAGAUGAUACAAUACAAGAAAAAGUAAAGACAUUUUUAUAUGACGGUGGACGUGGGAAGAAAGUUCCGAUAAGUCAUAUCAUAGAACAGAGGAACAAAGCUCGGCCAAGUGCUGUGAAGACUGGAUCAAAGGAUAAACAGAAAAAGGCACACGAACAAGCAUUAUUGAACAUGAAAUUUCAGGAUGGCGAAGGCAAUUACCUCCAUAACAAACCAGACAAUUUUGUGGAAGAUAAAAAGUUCCGUGAUUGUUGCUGGGACAUUGAUCAGAGAGGGUCUGUAGGGGAGACGGUCCUCCAUUUGUGCCUUCUGAAUGCCACUGCAAUACAUGCUGAUCUGGCCAAGCGGUUGAUCCAAGCAUUCCCAAAAAUGAUGAAUGAUAUUUACCUUGCUGAUGAAUAUUUUGGAGAAAGCAUCUUGCACAUUGCCAUUGUGAAUGAAGAUCCAGCAAUGGUCAAGUUUCUUUUGGACAAUGGAGCUGAUGUACAUGAGAGAGCCUGUGGAAAUUUCUUCAGCCCUGAUGAUCAGAAAAGUUCUCGUAUGGACAAUUAUGAUCAUGAAUGGGUGGAGGUGACUGCAAAAACAAAUUAUGAAGGACAUGUGUACCUUGGAGAGUACCCCCUAUCCUUUGCUGCCUGCCUUGGACAGGAGGAAUGUGUACGACUGCUUGUAGCCAAAGGAGCCAAUUUGAACGUGCAGGACACCAACGGAAACACAGUCAUGCACAUGCUGGUGAUCCACGACAGAAAGGAAAAUGAAUUUGAUGGAGAGUAUGCUUCUAAACAGAUUGAGCUAGAAAAAAGCCCACGGGACAUGUUUAACUUGCUACUAGAGUUGGGUGCAAGGCUGGACAUUAAGAACAGACAAGGUCUGACACCACUGACACUGGCUGCAACAUUGACCAGAAAAGAGAUGUAUGAGCAUAUUUUGGAGAAGAUUCGUCAAGUUUGCUGGAUCUAUGGAAAUGUGACUUGUGCUGGCUAUCCCUUGAAGGAUAUUGACACAAUUUCAGAGACUGGAGACAUUAACAGGAACUCGGCGCUCAAUUUGGUUGUCUAUGGGACAGAAGAUGGACAUCUGGACAUGAUGGAUGGACUCAUUGUGGAACUUCUGAAAGACAAGUGGAAAACUUUCGUUGGUCACAGGUUUUACAGAAGAUUUGCCAUCUUCUUUGUUUACUUUAUCAUCUUUAUGGUUGCGGUCAUCCUACGGCCAGGUAGUGACCUUUGUCCAACUCAAGUUGCCAGCGACAACAAUACUACAGUGCAGACAAGCUCUGUCUCAACAGAGAGUGACAGUUGUUAUCUCAUUAAAGCUUGUCGAACCGAAGAUAAGGUGAGGUUUGCCCUGGAGAUAUUGCUUCUCAUAGGAGCGGUGUGGUACAUAUUUAUAGCCAUGAAAGAGAUUUACCAUCAAGGAUUCAGAGUUUUCUUCAUUACUCUAAAAGGUGCCCCGGCCAAGGCCCUGUUCCUGUUGUCAGAUGUGCUGGUGGUUUUGAUGCUGCCUGGACGAGCUUUGUGUCAACAUGAGUACGAGGACAUUAUAGUUGUGUUUGCCAUCCUGUUCACAGCUCCAUACUUCCUCUUCUUCUGCAGAGGUUUUAAGAUAGUGGGUCCAUUUGUUGUGAUGAUUUACAAUAUGAUUGCUGGAGACUUGCUGAGAUGGAUCAUCAUCUAUUUGGUCUUCAUUAUUGGUUUUUCUCAAGCUUUUUAUAUUGCGUUUAUUAAUGGCACCUGUGACCCUGAUUCAAAUCCAUGUGUUUUCACAAGCCCCAUUGAGUCAAUGCUCGGAAUGUUUGCUAUGAAUGUUGGAGAAUUUGAGGACAUUUACGGCACUUUUGAUUACUCUGAGUAUCCCACCUUCAUGAAAAUAAUAUUCAUGAUCUACAUGAUUAUGGUGACCCUGCUGCUGGUGAACAUGUUGAUUGCUAUGAUGGGAAAUACAUAUCAACUGGUCAAUGAGACACAGAAAGAAUGGUUCAGACAGUGGGCUAAAAUUGUUCUGGUGGUGGAACAGAGUGUAACAACAGAGAUAAGAAGGACCCAGCGUCUAAAGUAUUCCCAACCAAGCGCAGACGGAGACAGAAUGUUUAUUGUUCGAUGGCAUCAAACUCAAAAAGAACAGGAGGAGAUGGCUCGACAGAAGGAGGAGAUAUAUCAGAAGCAGAGGAAAGCUGCUGCCGAGAAAAAGAGGAGUGUCUUCCGUAAAGCCUCCAACCCCAAAAUGAUUGACACUCGGGAGGCAGAGGUGGGCCACAUCAAUGUGUAACCAGGGGGAGAUAAUAGGAAAGGGGUAUUGCUUUUGCCAGGAAGUGCUAAUGGAAUUAAAAUGGAACUGCCAGUUCAAAUCUUAUUCUAAAUAUACACUGCAUAUUGUGAUAGAUGGUUUUAUGUUUACAAUGAAAAAUGUCCACAUUUAUUUGUGGUGCAUUAAUUUACUUUGAAAUUUUGUAAACUUUUAUUUCCCCCUUUCCUUCCUUAAAUGUACAUGAUUGUAUGGCAUGUAUAAUUGUAGUAACUUCUGAAAUCAGUCACAAGUUUUCCAAUUUCUAGUCAGUCCGUUAUUUUGCGAGACUUUUAAUUUAGAUCAACUUUGAGAAUAUUUGCUUUUUGUAAAUAUGUGCCUUUCACAUGCCAUUAUGUAAUGAUAUUGCAAAAGGGUACACAUGUGACAAGUGUUGUCAGUCCAACACAAUUUAUUUUACACAAUGUCCGUCCAUGCUAUUAACCUAUUGCCUUGAAUUUUUCUGAACCAUUGUAUUUAUAGUGACCUGAAGAUAAUUCCUGCCUUUUAUAUUGAACAGUCAAACACAGAAAUAAUAAUUCAACACCUGCAUGUUCUUGUAUUAUUAUUUUUUUAUGACAUCUUGUUUUUGUUUUGUUGUAUUAUUCCUAGCAGAGUAAUUUUGCCAUUAAUCAUUAUAAAGACAUCAAGCUAAUGAAACUUAUUGAUCAUAAGCACAACAUAUAAAAGGACAUACAUGUAUGCGACAUUUUCUCUAAAAAAAAUUAUUUGUUCAUCUCAUUGAUAUGAGCAGUUCUUGUAUGUUUUCCGAAAUAUGUUUUGAAUUUUAUAUUGUAGUAAUAUUACCAUGCUCUGUAUAUCGACCUGGAGAGCUUAGUGGUUAGAUCACCUAACUAGUAAUACGAGGGUCCCAGAAUCGAUCCCCAAUUGUUUCAAAGUUUUUAUAAUUUCUCAGUUUUGUUACAAUAACUUUGUACAAUGUAAUGUCCAUAUAAUACAUGGACAAACCUCUGUAGUACAUACAUGCAAGAGUUGACUUCACAUUUUUACUUGCAACAAAGGAACUAUCAAAAUGUACAGUGUACCAACUCUAAAAUAGACAUGGUAAUAUAUCCAAAGAUGUUUUGUAGAAAUGACAUAGAAUGCAAAUGAAUUGUAUGGGAAACAUCACCCCAAAAACUAUAUUAAGGAUCUUUUAUGUACUAUACAUUGUGAUAUAUACAGGUAUAUAUAUGUUUUAUAGAGUUUAUUUUUAAAAUCUCAGCAUACUUAUUUUUCAGCAGGAAAUCUUAUGAGCACUUGUUUUUUUUUGGACAAUGCUGUAUUGUUAUUAAGUAAACCAGACUGAUAGUCCUUGUGUUUACAAAAUAAACAUUGUAACUCAGA